AUGGUAUCUUCAAGCAAUGAUAUUGACAAAUCAGAUGAUGAAAUUUUUGAUCAAGUCUUUGAUCAGAAAUUUGACAACAUCUUCAACGCAGUUCUUGAUCGGCAUGAACUAAAAAAAAAGAAACGCGCCUAUAUCGAAAGAGAACGUGUACAAGGCCAUCAACGCUUAUGGAACGAUUACUUCUGUGAAGGUGCAACAUACCCACCAAGACUAUUCCGACUCCAUUUUAGAAUGAAGAAGGACUUGUUCAUUCGUAUAGUUGAUCGGCUUUCCAGUGAAGUUCUGUACUUUCAACAAAGAAGAAAUGCUACCGGAAGGUUUGGUCUAUCUAGACUACAAAAGUGUACGACAGCCAUUCGUAUGAUUGCAUAUGGUUGUGCGGCUGAUGCGGUUGACGAAUACUUUCGACUCGGUGAGAGUACUGCCAUUUUAUGCUUGGAAAAUUUCAAUGAAGGAAUAAUUCAGUUGUUUGGAGAUGAGUACCUGAGAAGGCCCACACCAAAUGAUCUUCAACGACUACUCGAUGUUGGAGAGAUAAGUGGCUUUCCCGGGAUGAUAGGAAACAUCGAUUGUAUGCAUUGGGAGUGGAAGAAUUGUCCUACUGCUUGGAAAGGGCAAUAUACAUGUGGUUCAGAAAAACCGACAAUCGUCUUAGAGGCUGUUGCAUCGUAUGAUCUUUGGAUAUGGCACGCCUUUUUUGGACCUCCAGGUACAUUAAACGAUAUAAACGUUCUUGAUCGUUCACCUGUAUUUGAUAAUAUUUUACAAGGCCGAGCUCCAAAAGUGAAUUACUCGGUCAAUGGACACGAGUAUAAGUUGGCUUAUUACCUCACUGGCGGUAUUUAUCCGAAAUAG